AUGGUUAAAGAUAAUCCUCAAACAACAGUUAAUGAUGUUUUGGAAAGCCUUACAGAAAGAUUUGAUAACUUGAAAAUAUCAAAGACGCAGCUACAUCACCACAUGAAAACCACUUUAAAUUUGACAGUGAAAUACGCAACUUUUGAACCAAAAGCAGGUGACAAUGCAGACAAUUUAGAUACAAGAUACCAUUGGGUUAGAAAAAGGGGGGGACGUGCAAUUGUGAAAACUCCUGAAACUCACUCUGUAUCUCAUGCCAUCGUAGGUGCAACUUCAGCUUCCACUGUUCUUCAUGUUGUAAUAAAGAGACCACCGACUAAAGCUGAUAAAACCAAAGAAAAGACUUCAAAGACUCAAAAAUCAAUUAAAGAAAAGAAGAAGACUAAUAGAUAG